UCCUGACUGCUAGCUAAGGAAGGAGCAGUGCUGAAGCGUUCAGUUGAGCACAGACAGACAGCUGGGCCACGAGCAGGAAAAAAUUCCUUGCUGUUCGUGCUGUUGGAGCAGAAGAGCUGCCUAGAAGCAUCUGCAGCCUUGAUCUUCCAAAAGACAUCCAAGAAGCCCCUCUCUGCAGAAUGGAAUUGUGGCCUUGGGUUCUCCUGGCCUGUGUUGCAUCUGUAUCUGCAAGCUGGCAGAAGGACGCUGUGCUGGACAGGCACUGGGAGCUUUGGAAGAAAAAACAUGGCAAGGAAUACCCAAAUGAGAAAGAGGAAGAGAAUCGUCGUAUGACUUGGGAAAAGAACUUGAAAUUAAUCACGUUGCAUAAUCUUGAGCAUUCGCUGGGGCUGCAGUCCUAUGAACUUGGCAUGAAUCACCUGGGAGACAUGACCGGCGAGGAAGUAGCUGCGCUACUAACUGGACUGAAAAUUCCUGACUCAUGGAACCAAAACUCUACAUAUUUCAAGCUACAAUCAAAGGUCAGAAUCCCUGAUUCGAUAGACUGGAGGGAGAAAGGAUGUGUCACAGAAGUGAAAAACCAGGGAGCUUGCGGGUCCUGCUGGGCUUUUAGUGCUGCUGGGGCUCUGGAAGGCCAGUUAAAAAUCAAAACAGGAGAACUGGUAUCUCUCAGUCCACAAAACCUGGUGGACUGCUCCAGUAUGUAUGGAAACCACGGCUGUAAUGGAGGCUUCAUGACCUAUGCUUUCCAAUAUAUCAUUGAUAAUAAAGGUAUUAAUUCAGAAUCAUCCUACCCGUACACCGCCAAGGCGGGACCAUGCCGUUAUAACCCAAGUGCACGAGCUGCCACCUGCUCUAGAUACGUUCAGCUUCCGUCUGCUGAUGAAGCUGCCCUGAAGGCUGCUGUAGCCGCUGUGGGUCCUAUAUCCGUUGCUGUCGAUGCAACUCGGCAAACAUUCUUUCUGUAUAGGUCAGGAGUAUAUGAUGAUCCAAGCUGCUCUCAAGACGUGAAUCACGCAGUUCUUGUAACUGGAUAUGGAACACUAGACGGCAAGGACUAUUGGCUUGUGAAGAACAGCUGGGGUGUCCAUUUUGGUGAUCAAGGAUACAUUCGGAUUGCAAGAAAUCAUGGGAAUCGGUGCGGCAUUGCCUCCUAUGGCUGCCAUCCAGUAAUUUAGCAACCAUGUCCACUGUGCAGUGGGUCCUGUCCCCCACCAUACACAAAGCCUGGAAAACAGCCUGUUAGGCAACUAAUCUUAGGUUCUUUUAAUCAAACUGCUGUGUUUAAGAAGAGAGAUUGGUCUCCAGGGCAAGAUCUUCCUGUCAGCUCCACCUGGUAGAUCUGAGACCAGCAACCAAAAUGAUGGUUUAGUUUGGUUUAGCUCAGUAUCUGCUAACCUUCCCUCGGGUGCUGUGCAGCUUGAUCAGUUAAUAACGUCUGUAGUACUGCUUUGAAUGAGAGUAGUUUCCUGUAAUUGCUAAGUAUUAUCACUGUUUCCACCUCAAAGUGGCUCAUAAAAAGCUGAGCCAGGUGGGGGGAAACCCAUUUUUGAACCAUUUAUGAAACUAUCAAGUAAAUGGAUUGACAGUCGUGUAUUUUUUUCUACUAGCAGGCAAAAUUUGUAAUGAAAAUUGCAGCAAAAUAGAAUUUUUAAGGAUCUGCAUGCAAUGGCAAGUGUAGAAGGAAUUUUGUCCGAAGAUAUUUGUGGAUUUUGCUUUCUUAUCCCUUCUUCUAAUCCAGUUUUUCAACCAGGAGUCCAUAGAAACCUUUGAUUCUGUAAGCAUUUCCCCAGAGGUUUCAUGACAUUUUACUAUUUUCCACUUCAAGCACUUCAAUUUUUCUCUUGUUUUGUCUCUGAAUUUUGUAAUUGUUAAAUAAAUUACUUUAUUGCCA